UUUUGUUUUCUUGCUUUUAUAAAACAAACAAAGUUUAGAAAUGAUGCGUUAGAAACCUGGCAAACAAGGUUCAUUCCUAUUUCUCAUUGUCAUAUGAGAUUAGUUAAGUCCUGAAGCAGUAACUGGAUAUUCACAGACUUAAAAUAAAUAAAUAAAAUCAGUGAGUCUAGGAUACCUGGGACUCCCAUUGCAUUUCAGACUUCUGAAGAGCAUGUAAAACCCUUUGGUGCCUAUCCUGUUAACUUGUGCAGGUUUUUAAGCUUUAAAAACAAGAAGCCUGCUGCAUAAAUCACUGCAGUGGUUUAUGUGCAGCCAGGGGACUUUGCUGACAACUUUGUGAAACUAGAGGAGUAAAACCCAAAAGCUCUAAUUGACUUCAGGACUGCCUUUUAAGAAUUAUGAGAGCCAGAAUUCUUUGAGUGAAUAGACAUUUUUGUAUAGAUGAAUGGACUGAAUGAAGCAGGGAAGCUCCUGAUUUCUUUUCUAGAUGGGCAGGAGAAGAAAGGUAGCCCACAAGUUACUGCUGAAUGAAAGCAUGAAGUAGAGCAGGGAUUGACAGUCUUUUGCCAGUGAACUAGCCAUGACUGUGGGCUUGAAAUCUCUGCACUCUUCCCCCUGCCCCACAGCAGAGGAGCUAGGUGGCACAGCGCAGCUCUGUACCACCAUUUCCCUCUGGCCUGUGGGCCAUAGGUUGACCCCUGUUCGAAAGGGUCUUCUGUAUAUCAAGAGGCAGCAGGAGUUUUUGGUACUACGUGAUGUAUUGAAGCAGCUCUGGCACUAACUGAUUAUUAGGAAGCAAACACUUUGUAUUUAAGUUGUGUAACAAAGCGAAUAAAAAUGAGCUUUUGGCAGUAAUAAAGACCUUUUUUUUUCCUGGAGUCAGACUAUGAGCCAGUGUAUUGGGGCAGAGUGGCAGAACUUAAAUGUCCUUCAAGGGAUGAGUGUUGGAGACUAAACAGGAAUAGCUUAAGGCACGACAGGAAGUGUGGCAAUGCAGAUGCUGCUUAACAAGUCUAGUAAUUAUAGUUAUUGAGUGAGUAAGGUAAAAUUUUGCAGGCCUUGCUAUGGACAACAGUGAAAUGUUCAUAAUCCUCUUUACGGAAAGAUAGGGACAGCAGAGGUAGACUCUGAAGUUAGUUACUAGUAGGGAACACUGAAAAUAAAGACAUCAUCUCUUCUUUUUCUGGAGUUGUAGAUUUAUAAAAUGUCUAGUAGACAAAGUUAUAUGGCACCUUUUUUAUCAAACUGAAAUCUGAACUAGUGCUGGGUAUAAGUAGUUUUGGCAUACCCUCUUCCCAGUUCUGGCAUUUCAUACAUGGCUGUUAACCCUGUUAAAGGAAUGAAUAAAAAAAACACUUAACCCUUGUUUGUAAACCUACAUCAGCGAGAAGCUAAAUAGGCAAAGCACUAGUCAAUGCACACACAAAACUGGGGAAAAAUAAAAGCCCUCUAAUUUUUUUAUCCUGGCAGUUCUAGGUAUUUCCUAUAACUUUUUUUUUGUUUGUUUGUUUUUUUAAAAAGGAAUUAUCAUGUAACCUACCUCCCUUGAAAGUCAGAGCCUUCAGGUAGUAUCCCUGAAACACUUGGUACCCUUUCUUUAUACUUGUUGAAGUUUUCCUGCUUAAAAUCAGUACAAGCAAAAAUCAGUUGCCAGUGUGAGAACUUCAGAAUAACAAGAAGAAAGGAAGCUGAGGGAAUUUUUUCAGAGGCAUUCAAGCCUUUAAAAGAUCUUAACGUUCUGGCCAAUAUUUUGGUAUUUGCAUGAGAGGAGAGCUGUAAUUUCAGCUUCCUGAAAUCUGGCUUACAUUUACCCACUUCUGUUGGAGCCAAAGAUUACAUUUUACCUGUAUACUUUAGACCAAAAACAAUUUCUUUUGCACAAAUGCUGACAAAGCUAGAUGCAGUUUGGAGACAAUAUUUACAUUCACGCUUCUGCUAGAAGUUUAGCUAUAAACUUAAUAGUUUAUUUCUUGUGCACACAUUUACAGUUGCAUCCACUGAGUUGUUUUAGCAGAAAUGAAGAAACAUAGGAAACCAAGGAGAUCAAGAAGAACUACUAGAAAAGAAGACUAUGAGCAAGAUGAAGAUAUGGAAGGUCCUGUCAUAGAUGAAUCUGUGCUGUCAGUAAAAGAACGACUAGGGUUGCAGCAGGCUGAAGAACGAUUAAAACGAGACUGCAUUUACAGGCUAAAGAAGCGACCUCGAAACUAUCCAGCAGCCAAGUAUACCUGCAAAUUGUGUGAUGCUCUGAUUGAGUCGGUGGCAUUUGCUCAUAAGCACAUUAAAGAGAAAAGGCACAAGAAAAACAUGAAGGAAAAACAAGAAGAGCAGCUGCUGACUACCCUACCUCCACCAACACCUUCCCAGAUACAAGCAAUUGGUGUUGCCAUUGGAAAUGUUGUACAGGAAUUUGGCUUAAAUAAUGAAGAUCUGGAGCAAAGGUCCAAAAUUAAUAUAAUGAUGGAAACCUUACUACAUCAAAAAUUGCCAGAAUGCUCAUUAAGGCUGUAUGGUUCUUCAGGUAGCAGAUUUGGUUUCAAAAAUUCUGACAUAAACAUUGAUAUCCAGUUUCCAGCCAGUAUGGCUCAACCAGAUGUUCUCUUAGUUGUACAGGAAAGUCUGAAAAACAGUGAAUCUUUUAUUGAUGUUGAUGCAGAUUUCCAUGCUAGAGUACCAGUGGUGGUGUGCAAAGAAAAGCAAAGUGGCCUUGUCUGUAAAAUAAGUGCAGGAAAUGAAAAUGCCUAUCUUACAACAAACCACUUGGCAACGCUUGGAAAACUAGAACCUACACUUGUACCACUAGUUAUUGCCUUCAGGUACUGGGCAAAGCUGUGUUGUGUUGAUCGUCCUGAAGAAGGAGGCUUGCCACCUUAUGUAUUUGCUUUAAUGGUGAUUUUCUUUCUACAGCAGAGGAAAGAACCACUUCUCCCUGUUUAUUUUGGAUCAUGGAUAGGAGGAUUCUCACUAAACAAGUUAAUGAACUUUAACCUUAAAGAGGUUGAGAAUGAUAUUGUGGUCUGGGAACAGAAUCCUGUGGAUGAUUCUGCCUCUCCAAAAGAAGCUUCUCCUAAAAGGGGCAAGGUUUCCUUGGUUUUUAAUUUGGGACAUCAGUGUUCAGCACCAAUUGGGCAGCUCUGGGUAGAACUGUUUCGUUUCUAUGCUUUGGAGUUUAACUUGGCUGAUUUGGUUAUUAGUAUACGACUCAAAGAAGCAGUGUCUCGUGAAUCAAAGGACUGGCCUAAAAAGCGUAUUGCUGUAGAAGACCCUUACUCAGUAAAAAGGAACGUGGCAAGAACUCUGAACAGUCAGCUAGUUUAUGAAUAUAUCCUUCAUUGCUUAAGGGCAACUUACAAAUAUUUUGCCUUGCCUCACAAAAAGUCUUCAUCAUCCAGCAAGAAAACCCCUCUUAAUGCCAAUACAGAAAUAUCACGAAAGUUAAAACCUGAAAAGAAUGCCAUAAUGCAUGACACUGCUAAUGUGCAAAACUUAAGUGAUAAAACAGAGAAAGUGUUGGCAGGUGACUAUAUUAAUAACACAAAUGUAUGUUCAGACAUCCCUCAGGCUCAUACGAUCGAUCCCUCAAAGCUGUUUGAUGGCUCCGAAAGCCUUACAGAAGAAGAAUUGGCAGAAGAUAUAGGACAUUUGGAAAUUACCCAGGAAGAUUCAGAUUGUGUAAUUGAAGAGAUUAUUUCUGGUGAUAAUGAGGACUUUAAACCAAGCUGUGAAGAGACAGAAAGUGGAAAUGAAGAGGAGGACGAGGAAGAGGAAGAACACGAACAAGAGAGAAAAUGGCCAAACAGUUUGGUAGCUGUUAAUCAGGAUUUGGAUGAAGACAGUGAAAAUGGAGAUCUCCCUAUUACAGCAAAUGAGCGUGAUAUUGAAACAUGCAAUAUUUCAGACAUGGAAGGCUUUCAAAACACGGCAGUUACAGAGAGUGAUGAAUAUGGCUUAGAGUGCAGUGGGAUACUGGAUGAGAAGGCUGAUAUUGAUGAGGAGAGUACAGAAGGUACUGAUGAGCUAGAUGAAUCUCUGAACAAAUUUGCACCUUCAGUACAGGACCAGAUAUCUGAAAUCAAUAAUUCAGAUGAUGAGGAUGAAGAGGAAGAACAAUGUCUUGUCUUAAACCAAACAAAAUGCGGUGAUAUUUUGACUGUGGAAGGUGAGCUGGACAACACGUACACUGGAUCUGGAGAUGAAGAAGCAUUAUCUGAGGAAGAGGAAGAAUUGUCCAUCCCUGUUAAAUAUGAAGACAAACAGUUGGAAGAAAAUGUAGAAGAAUCCCUCUUGGUAGAUUUGAGUAAAGAGGAUGUUACUGAAAAAGGAAGUACUUAUGAAGGAAGCACAACAGUAGAACAACUUAUCGAAUCUGAGUUCUUUUAUGAAUUUAAUAGACUUAUUUUUACAAAGGGCAAGUCUCCUACAGUGGUAUGUAGCUUAUGUAAACGGGAAGGUCAUCUAAAGAGAGAUUGUCCAGAAGACUUCAAAAAAAUUGAACUUGACCCUUUGCCAGCAUUGACGCCCAAGUUUUCAAAUAUUUUAGAUCAAGUUUGCAUCCAGUGUUACCAGGAUUUUGCUCCAAAUAUUAUAGAGGAUCAGGCUCGUGAACAUAUACGUCAAAACCUGGAAAGCUUCAUCCGAAAAGAGUUUUCAGGAACAAGGCUGAACUUGUUUGGCUCCUCAAAAAAUGGUUUUGGCUUCAAGCAAAGUGACCUAGAUAUCUGUAUGACAAUUGAUGGACGGGAAACUGCUGAGGGGCUUGAUUGCAUAAGAAUUAUUGAAGAAUUAGCAAAAGUACUCAAGAAACAGUCAGGUCUAAGAAAUGUCUUGCCCAUAACAACUGCUAAAGUCCCAAUUGUCAAAUUUAUCCAUGCCAGAAGUGGUCUUGAAGUAGACAUCAGUUUAUAUAACACGCUAGCCCUGCAUAACACAAGACUCUUGUCAUCUUACGCAGCCAUUGAUUCUAGAGUGAAAUAUCUGUGUUAUACAAUGAAAGUCUUUACAAAGAUGUGUGACAUCGGAGAUGCAUCUAGAGGUAGCCUUUCUUCCUAUGCAUAUACUCUUAUGGUGCUUUAUUUUCUUCAGCAAAGAAAUCCACCAGUUAUUCCUGUUCUUCAAGAGAUCUACAGUGAACCAAAGAAGCCUGAAAUUUUAGUUGAUGGUUGGAAUGUAUAUUUCUUUGACAGAAUAGAAGAAUUGCCAGCUGUUUGGCCAGACUAUCAUAAAAAUACUGAAUCUGUUGGACAGCUAUGGCUGGGACUUCUCCGUUUCUACACAGAAGAAUUUGAUUUCAAAGAACAUGUCAUCUGCAUUAGGAGAAAAAGUCUACUUACAACCUUCAAGAAACAGUGGACCUCCAAAUACAUUGUCAUUGAAGAUCCCUUCGAUUUGAACCACAAUCUUGGAGCCGGAUUAUCAAGAAAAAUGACAAAUUUUAUAAUGAAGGCCUUUAUCAAUGGCAGAAGGGUAUUUGGUACCCCAAUCAAAGGAUUUCCUAAAGAAUAUCCAUCAAAGAUGGAAUACUUCUUUGACCCAGAGGUACUGACAGAAGGAGAACUGGCCCCAAAUGAUAGGUGCUGCAGAAUUUGUGGUAAAAUUGGGCAUUUCAUGAAAGACUGCCCCAUGCGAAGAAAAGUGAGACGGCUACAUGAUCACGAAGAUAUCAGAAACCAAAGGUACCCAGAAAAUAAAGAGAAAAGAAGUAAAGAGGACAAAGAACUACAAAAUAAAACCACAGAAAAAGACACCUCAGUCAAAGAGGGAAAGAUGCAAUUAGGUGCAUCUCAGAAAAACAAACUAGGGAAGGGAACAGUGGAAAUGGGAAAAGAUAAGAACCCCAGGCAGUCAGCAGAGAAAUGGAAACGGCAGGAGGACAGAGACUUAAGAGAAAAACGUUGCUUCAUCUGUGGAAAAGAAGGACACAUUAAAAAAGAAUGCCCACACUAUAAAGGACCCGCAGGUUGUUCAAAGUCAGAAGUUUUGUGUGGAUCCCCUUCUUCACCUGGUGCUGUUAAACAUGCUGGUAGACUAAAUCAGGGAAUGCUUUUACAUGAAGAAAAAAAGAAACAAAAAGGAAAAGUGUUUUUGAGUCCCCAGUCAGGCAGUCUUUCCAAUAAAUAUAUGACUCAGGGAAAAGCCUCACAGAAGAGGACCCAACAAGAAUCAUGAGGGACCGAAGCUCAUAAAAUGCAAUACAGACCGUCCAUGCACUCAAAUUAGGUUUAUUUUGGCUAAACCAUCUGGAUUCACAGGACAGCAGCACAAAGCUAUCUUCAACUUAAGUUAAAGAAAACUUCAGUAUUUUAUUUUAGAUUGCUAAAAGGCAAAGCAGCUAUGGAUUUUAAUGCAGUCCUCCAACCAUGGACUCCUGCUCUUAAAAGAUUAUUUGAGUAUUUUAAUAGAAAGCCAUGGUGUUUAUAUUCAUUUACUAGGUAAAACUGGUAGAUAAGGGCAGGUACUCAAAAUGGACCAUUUUCAAGGUUUUAUCAUUCAACCUGGCCCUAAAUGCACUAAAAUUGUGUGCAAGCCAAAUAUAAUGUUAUAUUUUUCUUCAAAAAAUAAUUUUUUUGAAGGAGGAAAUGAUAUUUAUUAAUGUUGAUUGUUUACUGAAUCCUUGUGUAAAAGUGUUUGAAAUGUUUGUGGACUACUGCUGUGUUUGCAAACAUUUUUUUUUUCUGUGGAGAACUGAAAACAUGGACAUUUAGUAAACUUUUAUGUAAAACCUCUGUGGACAAGCAGUGCCAUUGAGUUUGGGUUUUUCCCCUCCUCUGUGAUUUUAAGAGAGUUAAUUUGCUGCUGUGCUUGUGUACAGAAAAAGACUGAGAAGCAGGUUAGUCCUGUUUAGUGCUGCUAAGAAUUUUCUCAUGGCCUUCAAAAUGCAACAGACAAAAUUGCUUUAAGGGAAAAAAUAAGUUAUAUUCAACAAUUUAGGGUAAAUGCAUUUCUUUUUACAAAAAAAUAAAUAAGAAGAGGAUCCAUCUGCCAGUCAAGGAUGUAAUUAGUGUCGUCAUCUCAAGUUUUUUCUCAAAGUCCUUCUGGAGUUGGUACUGUACCAUCAAACCCUGUUCAGGAAAAUAACCAAUCCAUGGUAAAAAAUGAAACCACUGUUAUUUAUGACUUUGAAAUAAAAAACCAAAAGUUCAAACUUUA